AUGCCUACUUCUGUAAGUAUGCUUGCUAGAGAUGCUCGAUUGAUUAGAUAUACGUUUCGAAAAUCAUUCAAGCCCCUCACGUUCCUUAAUAUCCGUUUGUUAACUACCGUCACUCCGGAUUCGUCAUCUACUACUACUACCAAACUGUCAGGCUUAACGGCUACUUUGAAUGAUAUCAAUAGAAAGAGUGCAUUUUAUCCCCCAAAUGUGGUCAAGAUCAACUCCAAAGAGGACAUUGUUCAAACUUUUUUGAAACUUGCCAGUUUGGAUGAUCCUGCUUCUGUUCCAGUUCCCCUCGGUGACUCCGAUUGGUUGAACCUGUUCAAGGAGAAGCAAUCAUUGAAAGAGCUGCCUGAAGCACCUAAAAACUUGAAUUCAGUCAAGUUGGAUAGCUACAUCGAACAGUUGAGUCAUCUACAAACAAGAACCAACAAAAAGCUUCGAGAUGCGGUUCAAAAAGUCUACUGGACCAUUGUUGAGUCGCAUCUUGUUCAAAACGUUGAGUCCUAUAAUCGCAUAAUUCGAUUCUUCGUGGUCAACUACAAUUUCAAUGCCGUGAAAGUGAUACUAUUUUCCAUGUUUAAGGCCGGUGUCAAACCCAAUAUUAACACGUUUAAUUGCGUCCUUUAUCAACUAAAGUAUGCCAAACAUAAAUACAAGGACGAUCUUUUUAAGAUGUAUCUUAAUCAGAUGAAAGCAUAUCGACUAAAGCCGGACACUACUACCUGGUAUAUUCUAUUUAAUUUUCUAGACUUGGAAAAGCCCCUCUUCUAUGAUCAGAUGUUGAAAGUGAAUAUCUCUUUGAAACCGGUGAUCAACGAGGUACUUGAAUUUCAGCACAAAUUCCGGGAUGUGCAAGUAGAUGCUUUGGUCGUCUAUUUGGAAUCGCAGAAUCUGAUUGUCGACAAGAAAAUUCUUACUACUUUGAUAAGAAUAUGCCUUAAAGAUGAAGAUCCUAGCAAAGCAUUUGAGUUACUCGAUAAAUAUAUAGAACAGAUUCAUCACGUGGACUUCAAUUCUCUAAUUUCUUUGGUGAAUUACUUUGCAUUGGAAAAGAAGCAGCUCUAUAAUGCCAUAGCCACAAUCAAUUGGUUUAUGGAUCACUAUGAUCUACGCAUCAAGGUGUACAGAUGUUACGAGAUACUCGCCAAAAGUAUGAUGGAAUAUCCCUAUUUCGAUCAUUGGUCCACUUUGACAAGACGUUUCUACUUGGAUUCCAUGUAUGCCGUUGAUCAAUCGUUGUUGUCGAAAAACGAUAGAAAGCUAAUAAGCCGAUGUGCUAUUACCAAAUACGGAAUAAAGGAUUUCCACCUCGGGGUAUUAAAAAGAAGUGAGUUUGAUGAGACAAUGCAAGUAUUCCAAAAUUUGAGAUGGUCUUCAGGAAAGCCUCGGCCUGUGUUGGAGGAGAACGAUCCUAGUUUUAUACAGGCCGCAAAGUAUCUUGUUCCUUAA